UGCACGCAUAAGGUUUUAUACAUCACUGGAUUUUAAACCUCGUGUGCAAAAGGAUAUUUAUGUUGGUGAGUCGGAAUGUUCUAUAAAUAUUUCAAAAUUAUAAUGUUUUGAAAUAUAAUAAUAAUGGCAUUGGGAAAUAAUCUUGUUAUUAUUUUUCUGUCAGUAGUUUUAUUGCUGAUUGCAUUUUAUGGACACAAAUUAGAAAAAAGAUUAUCACAAAUUCAUACUGGAAAUGAAGUGAAAGAAGAAUUGACCAAAGAGCAAAUAAAUGCACAUCGGAAGGAAUUUGAAGAACAAAUAUCAGUACUGCAAGAACCGGACAAAGUUUACAUGAAAGAAAAUGAUGAAACGAGAGAAAACAAGGCAGCAUUUUUUAGUGAAACAGCAACCUGUGGUAGCAAAUGGAUACAACAGUUCGAGACAAACGAAAAGGGCAAUGUAGUAUCCGGAAGUGACGAAACAUUUCGACAGGCUGUUUUGAGUGGUGCGAAAGUUCGAAUCAGUUUAAAUGGGUAUUAUCCUGUUACCGAAGUGAUAUAUGUCAAUAAUAUGAGCAUUUGUGUACAGGCGUAUAUACAUACGCAUGAGAUUUUGAACAAUCGUCCAACUGCAGCAGUUCGAACUCAAACGAUGAUAACCGUGUGUACCAAUCCCAAUCCCAAUCCCAAUCCUUUGCAUUUUAUUUUAAUGCCGCUGAUUGUUGACUUCUACGAUCAACCAAUAUACAGGGAUUUCACACUUCAAUUCAAAGUCAAAUGGUUAACAAGACAACGAAACCAUCCAACUCCCAUUUUCUGCUCCAAUACAAGUAGUGGAUCAGCAGACUGUAGCAAUAUAAAGAAUCUAAUAAGUGCUGUGAGUAACGGAGCUGAACUCUAUACUCUCGGUAAAAUUGACGAACCUCAUAUGUACGGUGUGUUUCUUUCUCAAGUAUUAAUUGAUGAGGCUCAUACGGUAGUAUCUGGAAUAUCAACAGUUCAAAUAACGGAUCUAAAAAACUAUAAAAACUAUACACAUUACGCAACGCUGGCGCUGCUGUUAAUGUUUUCAACUGAUGGAACAAUAAAUGUAUCAUACAUGAAUCAUAUCGAAAUUUUAAAACAACAUUCUCACUCUUCAAUAGAAUCAUCAUGGUUUGCAGAUACAUGUUGGAAAUUGGCAUAUGAACAUGAUAAACAUGGACAAGCAAUAGAAGGCUCACUAGAAUGCCUACGCUCAGCUAUCUUAGUUGGCAAAAGGGUGAGGUUAUUUUACUCAGAUACUAGGUACGGAAUUGAGGCUAAUCAGCUAUUGAUUAGAAACGGCCAUGUGACAGCGCAUGUACUAAGUCAUGUGUUAACAGACAAUCAAGAGAAAAUCCAAGACAACGCAAUAUGGAAUUGGCAAAAUGUUGCAACAACCGGAAAUGUAGAAUCCAUUCGGUACAAUAUAAGUUCACACACUAGCUUUGGUAGUUCUAGUGACAGACACGCAGUUAAGUGGUUUAUCGACUCUACGCCUUGGGAACACGCUUAUUCCAAUUCAGAAACUGGUACAACUACACAUGGAUCCAAGGCUUCGUUGAUACAGGAAGUUAACGCUGGCAAAUUGAUCCGAUUCGCUAUAAGAUCUGCUAAUCAACAGGGGAAUGAUUAUAUUGCUAUCUUUAACGCAGACCGUGCAAAUUUAAGUCAAGUUGAAAACGAUCUGAGUGCACAUCAUACUCGUUCAAUAAGGCUGAGAAGAGAUGGGCUUUAUAAUGUAGUAUUUGGAUCAGAAAUUGUUUGGAAUCAUAUGAUUGCUACGACAACUGGUCAAGUCGAUGACAAACGACGGACUGUUGGUGGGCAAAAAAAUCAGGAACACAUUACUUAUAAUUCAGCUAUUGAUUGGUUUGUUAGUUAAAAUGUACCUGAACAAUUACAAUGCAGACUAGGACGUUGUAUAAAGGGAACAAUUAACUUGUAAACAUCAGUUGAUGAUUGUUUUUACUUCUUUAUCAUUCUAUAUCAAAAUGUAUUUGGAAACUAAUUUUUAUGAAUCUGCUUAUUCUUCUGGAAUACCUGACAUCACUCUCAGUACUUGGCGGGGUUCGUGUUGUUCAGUCUUUAUUUUUAUAAGUUGUGAUUAGUGUUCUAUUGUUUUUUAUGGUAUGUUUCUUAUUUGGUCGUAACGUUGUUGGUUUGAGUGUCCCUUUGGUAUAUUUUGCCUUUCUUUUAAAACAUUUUUAUCGAACUAUUCCCGGUAUAUAUACUGAAUUAUUUCUAUUCCCACCAAAAUAUGCUCGAUUUAUUUCCUCUUAAUUUAAAAAAAUCACCAUUUAGUAAUUAAAGUGUUAAAUUUUUGUAACAUGUGAUAUGUAAAGUAUGCUGCUUGAACACCUCAUCUGCAUUGUAUAAUCGUCAGGUAAGGAUCUUUGCUCUUCCGUUAUAGAUUGAUAGCAUAUAAAAAACUGAAAAAAUAAAAGGUUCGAUUUCUUGUUUUUGCAACUAAAAUUUGAUGGGAAAUGAUUCUUUCGAGAACUUUUAUUCAUAUAACAAAGGAACCUAUUUUCUUUAAAACACUAUGAAAACAAUAAAAAGAGUUUAUUAGAUUUUCAGAAGAUUUUCAGAAAUAUCUUUUUUUUAACUAUAAUAUGUAAUAAAAUUAUGAAAUGAA